AUGCCUCUGGCGAGAUCCCUCUCCGUCACCUCCCUCAAUGGGCUGCCCCUGUGGGAAGACGAGGACCUUCCGGUGGAGGAUUUAUUGCUCUUUGAAGUGUCCUGGGAAGUUACGAAUAAAGUGGGUGGCAUCUACACCGUGAUCCAGACCAAAGCCAAAAUCACGUUGGACGAAUGGGGGGAGAACUACUUUCUCAUUGGCCCUUAUUUCGAGCACAACAUGAAGACCCAAGUGGAGGUCUGCGAACCUCCCAAUGCGGCGGUGAACAAGGCAAUGGAUAUCCUGCGGGGAAACGGGUGUCAGGUGCAUUUUGGCAGGUGGCUGAUAGAAGGGAACCCCUACGUGGUGCUGUUUGAUAUAGGAUCAGCUGCUUGGAAUCUGGACCGUUGGAAAGGGGAAUUCUGGGAUGCGAGCCAAAUCGGAAUCCCGUACCACGACCGAGAAGCCAAUGAUGCGCUUAUCUUUGGGUCGUUAACUGCCUGGUUCUUAAAAGAGCUGUCGGAUCAGUUGGAAGACAAGCCGAACAUCAUCGCUCACUUCCACGAAUGGCAGACUGGACCGGGGCUGAUCCUGUGUCGGUCCAAGAAGCUUCCCGUGGCAACGGUCUUCACAACCCACGCCACCCUCUUGGGGAGGUACCUGUGUGCCGCAAGUAUCGAUUUCUACAACCACCUGGACCGUUUUGACAUCGACAAAGAAGCAGGCGAGAGACAGAUAUACCACCGAUAUUGCAUGGAACGGGCUUCGGUACAUUGCUCCCAUGUGUUCACCACAGUCUCUCAGAUAACUUCCAUAGAAGCCAAGCACAUGCUGAAGAGGAGUCCUGAUGUCAUCACUCCAAAUGGCCUGAACAUCAAGAAAUUCUCAGCCAUGCAUGAGUUUCAGAACUUGCAUGCCACUUGUAAGGCUAAGAUCCAAGAGUUUGUCCGCGGCCAUUUCUAUGGCCAUCUCGACUUCAGCCUGGAAAAGACCUUGUUUUUCUUCAUUGCUGGGAGAUACGAGUUUUCAAACAAAGGAGCGGACAUGUUUUUAGAGGCCUUAUCCCGAUUAAAUUUCCUACUGCGGGUGCACAAGAGUGAUAUUACCGUCGUCGUGUUCUUUAUCAUGCCAGCAAGUACUAACAAUUUCAACGUGGAAACCCUGAAAGGACAGGCCGUCCGAAAGCAGCUCUGGGACACUGCGCAUUCUGUGAAAGAAAAGUUUGGGAAGAAGCUCUACGAAGCACUGUUAAAAGGAGAAAUCCCUGAUAUGAACAAGAUCCUGGAUCGUGACGACAUGACCAUCAUGAAGCGAGCCAUCUAUUCUACCCAGCGACAGAGCCUCCCGCCGGUGACAACACACAACAUGAUUGACGAUAGUAAUGACCCAAUCCUCAACACUAUCAGACGCAUCGGGCUUUUCAACAGUCGGAUAGAUCGCGUUAAGGUUAUCUUGCACCCUGAGUUCCUUUCUUCAACAAGUCCAUUAUUACCAAUGGACUAUGAAGAGUUUGUCAGAGGUUGUCAUCUCGGGGUAUUUCCUUCUUACUAUGAGCCCUGGGGUUACACUCCUGCCGAGUGUACCGUCAUGGGCAUUCCCAGCGUGACCACCAACCUCUCUGGAUUUGGCUGUUUUAUGCAGGAGCACGUGGCUGAUCCGGCAGCUUACGGUAUUUACAUCGUGGACAGGAGACACCGCUCUCCAGAUGAGUCUUGCAACCAGCUGACGCAGUUCCUCUAUGCGUUCUGCCAGCAGUCACGACGGCAAAGGAUCAUCCAGAGAAACCGAACGGAGAGACUCUCAGACCUGCUGGAUUGGAGAUAUCUGGGCAGGUAUUACUCGCAUGCCCGGCAUGUGGCUCUGAGCCGAGCGUUUCCUGAAAAAUUCGAGAUGGAACCAAAUGCUCCUCCAAAGACCGAAGGAUUCCGGUUUCCCCGCCCAUCGUCGGUACCCCCUUCGCCCUCUGUGUCUCAGCACAACAGUCCCCACCAAAGUGACGACGAAGCCGAAGAUGAGGAUGAAAGGUACGACGAAGAGGAAGAGGCCGAGAGGGAUAGGCAGAACAUAAAAUCUUUCGGCCUCAGCGCUGUGCCCCAAGGGAAGAAGAAGCAGCAUGGAGAAUACAGGAACUGA